AUUUUUUCAAUUAAUUAUAAGUUAGCAUUAUCUUAUAAAAUAAGAAUAUAUUCAGUUUUCCACAUCUUACUGCUGAAACUAGCAGUACAGAAAAUAUUAGCGGAUAAUAUAGCAGAAGUAGAGAAUAAUGAAUCAGAAUAUAAAAUAGAAAAGAUUCUUAAGUAUAGAAGCAUAAAUAGUAUGAGGGAAUAUCUUAUCAAGUGA